UACUGUGUGAGCUGUGAUUGGUCACAGCUUGUCACAUGGUACAAGGCUGUUAUUUCACACGUAGUAAGCAAUUAUGUCAGAAGUGACAUCAUUGCUUACUACUCUGCAUAUGAUCACUGGUGAGGUCCUGUACGACGAUUGGUGUUCCACUGUGUCCGGAGGACACAGCGGGCACUGGAUUGCGGUGCUGCAUGCUCGCAGGGGGCGGGGAGGCCAUUUGUAAAUGGCCACCCGACCCUGCACUGCCACCGUCCGGCCGUUUAUAUACAACGGACGGAUGGUGGUGGUUAUAAG